AUCAUGGUUUGUGUUGCUUUCAAAGCCACCAAGCCAGGGAGCUCAUGGAGAAAAUGGGUGGGAGUCAAACUGUCCAAUUCUGUAGUCUUGUUCUGCUCAUCCAUUCAAAUAAUAAUCUGCAUGACUUGGUUGGCCAUUUCUCCUCCCUUUCAGGAACUAGACCUUCACACUUACCCUGGAACCAUCAUCAUUCAGUGCAAUGAGGGCUCAGCUAUUGGCUUUUACUCAGUUAUUGGGUAUAUGGGGCUUCUGGCAGCUGUUAGUUUUGUUUUAGCAUAUUUAGCUCGGACAUUACCGGACAGUUUUAAUGAGGCCAAGUACAUCACUUUCAGCAUGUUGCUCUUCUGCAGUGUUUGGAUCACAAUGAUCCCGGCCUAUCUGAGCACCAAAGGCAAAAACACUGUGUGUGUGGAGAUAUUUGCCAUACUCACCUCAAGUGCUGGACUUUUAGCCUGUAUAUUUCUGCCCAAAUGUUAUACAAUACUACUUAGGCCAGAAAUUAAUAUGAAAAAUAAUAUACUUGGAAACAAAUAUAAAUAAUAUUGAAACCACCAUAACAGGACAUAUAAACCCAUAAAAAAGUUAUCUGUGGACAGCAUUUUUGAAAUCUAUAAACACCUGCCACUUCACCC